UAGUACUUCCCAUUAUAGCUGUGGGUUGUGGGUUUCCUUGGAAAGUUUCUUGAAUUCGUUAUCUCAUGUUCUACCACAGACACGAUAUUUAUCACUCACUUAGCCCUAUUUUAGUCACCUGUUCUUGUUGUUAUGUCAUUUGCCUCUAACGGAGUGGCGAAUCCAAAGGUUGCGUCUCAGGCAGGAGAGGCAGGAGAAAUUGCGAGCCAAAGUGACGACAAAAUGAUUAAUGUUGUACGAGGAAACAACGUGCGGGCCUACUUGACCGUGGUAGUGUUAUUUAUCAUCAAUCUUCUGAAUUAUAUGGACCGACAGACUGUAGCAGGCCUUCUAGAUGGCAUCCAAAGUUAUUUUGAUAUACAAGACAACAAUUCAGCAGCUGGCUUGCUGCAAACUGUCUUCAUCUGUAGCUAUAUGGUUCUUGCUCCAGUGUUUGGUUAUCUUGGAGAUCGUUACAGGAGGAAGUAUCUUAUGGCAGCUGGAAUACUUGUUUGGUCUGGGACUGUUUUUGCCAGCACUAUGCUGAGCAAAGAUUGGGCUUGGUUACAUAGUUGGAACUGAGGUUGCUGCUCUGUUUGGCCAUCAGUGGCAAUGGGGACUACGAGUGACCCCCAUCAUAGGUGCAGUGUGUGUUUUCCUGUGCAUAUUUGUAGUUCAUGAACCAAAAAGGGGUGCCAUAGAAAGAGGAGAGAACCCUCAUGGUGUCUCAGCUUCUGAUGUUCAUAACACAACCAGCUGGUGGGCAGACCUCAAGUAUCUUGCAACAGUGAAAAGCUUUAUUUGGCUGAAUUUGGGAUUUACUUGUGUUUCAUUUGUGACUGGUGCCCUAGCAUUUUGGGCACCAAAAUUCUUGCUCUAUGCAACAAGAGCACAAGGAAUUUCAGAAACAGAAUCAGAGGUUAGCUUAAAGGUUGGAAUUAUUACCUGUGUCGCUGGUAUUGUAGGAGUUUGGCUUGGUGCAGAGAUUGCUUGGCGAUAUAGAACACGAAAUAGAAAAGCUGAUGCUUUAGUAUGUGCUGUUGCAUUAAUUGGGUCAGCACCUUUCCUCUAUGGUUGUCUUGUGCUAGCAUCUACAAACAUCAAAGUUACAUAUGCCCUUAUAUUCUUCGGUGAAGUUUUACUUUUCAUGAACUGGGCACCAGUAGGAGACAUGGUUUUGUAUAUAAUAAUACCUUCACGUCGAUCCACCGCUGAAGCUGCUCAGAUUCUUGUUUCUCACUUGUUUGGUGAUGCAGGCAGCCCAUGGCUUGUUGGAGAGAUUUCUGAUCGUAUCAGAGGUGCAGGGAGUAGUGAUAAAGAUCGUGCACAAAGCAUGGAAUAUUCUCUUUUGAUGUCAACCUUUAUCAGUGUUAUUGGAGGAUUCUGUUUCAUAAUGUGCUCAAUUUAUCUAGUUGAUGAUCGGGAAAAAGCAGAGCAGGUUACCAGAAAUGAAGAUGAGGAUACUAAUUCAUUGUUAAACACAGUCCCCUCAGAUGACUUUCUUCAAGCUGGUCAUGAAAAUGGAGCUGUGGACAAUUGUAGUGAUUACGAUGAUGAUAAUGAUGAUGAUGAACUGUUGGAUGACGAGCCAAUCUCGCCUGCAAUGUCUGAAAGAGAAGCAUUGGUUGUCCCAGUAGAUGUGCAUGGUACACCACCAACAGCUGAGGAAGAACACAACUUUAAAGUUGUCUGAUUUAUAAUCAAAUAUUAGUUUUUUUACAAUUUAUAAUUAUUCUUUUUUUUUAAUGAAAAAUGGUUGAAAGUGUCA